AUGACGGAACGUAAACGCUUGUCAGAUACGGAUGAGUCUUCAGCGAAGUACAACACAACUAAAAAGAUAAAACUUAUUCAAACUACUCUACCAGUGGGGACAUCAAAACGUCCUAUAUGCAAAUACGGUGCGAGCUGUUAUCGAAAGCAUCCUGAUCAUUUACGAGAUUAUCAACAUCCAAAAACUAACCAACAGGAAAAAGAGCAGGAGGAGGACGAUGAUGAAGAUUUCUCGACAACAUCUGUUUCGGAACCAUCAACAUCAACAAAGGAAGCAUCACCAGCAAAACAAAUAACAGCAUCGAGCAAUUCAACAAUAAGUCUGAUGGAAUUAGCAGAAUUAAGCGAAGAGAAAUUACUCAGGCAUCUUUACCAAAUGAAAUUUCCAAGUGAUCUUCACGAGUUUUGGAAUUUCUGUUCGGAUCUCAAAAAAACCAAUCCUCGGGAAGUAUUGACAAACCUCCUCAACUUAGAACUAGUCGGUCCAUUCGAAAUUCUCGAUGGUGCUUUAAACACAUGCAAAACCUUACCUAAUAUUCAUUUACACUAUCGAUAUUAUUAUGACACACCAGAGUUUAUGACUGUUAUUCGAACUUUGGAUAAAAGAAGUCAAUUUCAUAUUGGCUAUUAUCGAGAUUCACCUGAUGAACUGCCAGUCUUCUUAGCUUCGAAUGAUUCGAGUGUCAACAAUCAUUUCAAAAUCUGCGGUGAUAACAUAUUUGCAGCAGUUCACUCAUAUGCUCGUCACCAUCUCAAAUCAAGUGACAAAUCUGAUUUGAAAACGUUCGUUUCUGACUUGGAAAGCUACGCAAAAAAGCACAAGUUUUCCUUGGAUGAAACCACACCAACAAUAACUGCUCGAAAGAAAAAAGUCAAUUGUACAUUGCUAAACUCGUUGGGCAUGGUCGUGCCAUGUGAAAACGAUAUCGGUUAUCGUCCUGUUCCGUUUACUAAAGGUGACAAACACCCUAAACUGCUCUACUUUUCCAAUAUUUUCUGUCUGUUAAUAUUAGAUCAAUUUAAGAAAGUUUGUGAUAAAUUUUGUAAUGACGCAUCGGAAGGUCAACGUCAAAAAGCUGAAGAUGACUUACAACAUGUGAUCACAUGUAUACAAUUCGCUAAUGACGAAUGCGACUACGGUGAAGGUUUAGAAUUUGGUUUGAAUCUCUUCUUAUAUGGCUCAUCCAAACUUCAUUCACGUAUUCUGACACUUUUACCACUGGCAUAUAAACUACUCCACCGGGACCUCUAUGGACAAAUUAUAACAGAUCAUCUCGCAUCAGGUCGUUCGAAUUUAAUUGAAGAUUUAAAUGAAAUCACAAAAAACAGCUAA